CUUCCAGAAAGACCAAAAUCUUUUUUAAAAAAUAUAGAAAACAUUUGCCUAUGAAGCAACAAAUAUGUGCAGACCUGAGAGAAAUUAACCAUUUUAAUAAAUAUUGUUUAAAUCAGAAGGAAAGUUAUUGCUGAAACUAAAUUUUCCCACAACAUUUAAAUGCACAGCUUUAAGAAGGAGUGGAAAAGUGUCAGAAGCUGAUUUAAAAUUAUUGCCAGUUUCAACCAUCACAGCUCAACUGGAUCAUCUUUGUAGGAAAUGGCUUCAAAAACUCCCAGAAGGAUUUUAAAUGACAUCCUGGAGGACAUGUCCGGUAAGAACUUUGACAAGUUCCGAUCCGAACUGCUGGACCGAAAGGUUGUCAGGCAAAACCAGGUGGAGGGUAAAGAUUACUUGGUGCUGACAGAUGUGAUGAUUGAAGCUUACUCUGAGAAGAGAGUUCUGAAGGAAGCCGAGGACAUCCUGAGAGCGAUCAAAUGUGGACAGGCGGCGGACGAGCUGGCUGAAGAGGUCAAGAAAGCAAAUAAAUAUGUUGCUGAUGUCCCAUUCGUUGUUGCAGCUCAGCAGAAAGGUCAACCCUCAAAUGCUGCUCCCAGCGACGGUAGUGACUUUCUGGACAGGAACAGUCUUUACCUGAUCAGAAGAGUGACCAACAUUGGACCCAUUUUGGAUGAGCUGCUGUUCAAGAAGAUUAUCGGCCCGGAAGUUUACGCUGAAAUCGAUGCUGAACCCACCAUUCAGAAUAAAGUUAAAAAGCUGAUAAAUGUUCAUCUGAUGAAAAAGGGCAAAGUAGAGAAAAAUAUCUUCUACGACAUCCUGAAGCAGCAAGAGCCGUUUCUCGUGGCAGAACUGGAGGAAAACUAACCCGUUUAGUGAUGAACGCAACUGUGACUGUGUUCAUGUUUCACCUGAACACAGUCACAGCAAGAUGAACUGUUGAAUUUCAAUAAACAUCUUUUAAAAUCUAA